AGGUCAUCGAGCGUUGUAUCGAAGCUCAGUCGAAAUCUUGUCAGAUUGCCAGUGUGUUCAGUCAAUAUCUAACAUACAAGUUUAUAGCCUAUAAUCAGUGUCCAAGAAGUUUAGUUUUUAUUUUAGUAGUCAGAAAUCCUUAACUGAAGAAGAAAUAAGGAUAUUUUAUAUUAGAAAUAGGAAGCAGUCGGCCCCCAGCCUUUUUAGUAAGGACAUUAUGAAGGCCGCCGUAGUUGUGUUGUUGUUUUGUCUUCAUUGCAGUGUAGAGUGUCGUAAAACGUAUGCACCAAUCGACAAAAAUGCAAACUUGGCUUUCAUCAAUAUGGAAGGCGGCGGCGGAGCGCGACCACCCUCAAACCAGAAACCUGCAGUAUCUUCAAACCAACAACCCCCACUUUCUUCAAACCAGCAGCCCCCGCCCAGCUCUCCGGGCAAGCCAUCGUCUCCUACCAAGGUCAACCCUCCUCAAGUUUCACCGACGCAACCCCCGGCUAAACCGAUAGUAACAAUGGUUGCUCCUACGCCAGCUAAACCUCAGCCUCAUGUAAACCCGACCCCCGCUCCAGUGAAACCUAACCCAGUAAAACCUGGAUCACCUGUAACCACUCCUGGACCGGGAAGCGUGAAGCAGCUAGUCAAUUUCUACGACAGUCAAGGCAAAGCGAGUGUCAUCAGGCCAUACAGCUACAGCCAAGCAGUAAAACAGGGAUAAAGGUUAAGAAUGAUUGAAUAUGAAAAAAUAAACAACCAGUAGAAAUUGGUAGUGUUCUUUUGGUAUGUACUGUAAUAAAGGUAAACAAUAUUUUUAUUGAAAAAUAUAUUUUAAUUUAAUUUGCCUAGGGAAGACAAAAAAUAACAUAUGACAUAAUAAAUUACUUAUACUUUUAUAAAAAAUAGAAAUUUGAAACAUAUAGAUAGAUUUGAAAUUUGUUUUUUUUU